AUGGCUUUUGUCACCUGCUUUGUCGUCUGCUUCAGAGAAUGCCGUACGGUUUCAAUGACUACAACAUCAGAAAUAGAUUCCCAUGUCGACACAGGUAUCGUGGAUGCUAACAAUGGUAGCGUUGACAAAACGAGAACCAACAGAUUGGUUAAUGCACAGGCUGGGCUGACACUUGCAGACACUGUGGACCAGGAAUUCCUCUCUAGUCUGCAUAUCACAAGGAUGAAAAAGGGCCUCAGUGAUGACUUACAAUGUGGCUUCGACCAGAAACCUGCAAAUAGUUCAACAACAACGAAUUUUGACGACAGUUGUCCUCUGUCAGCUUUCUGUAAAUGCACUAAGUCGAAGAGAGAAAUGAAGUGCACUGGUAACAUACCGUACAUCCCAGUUCCUCCUGCUUACGUGACUUCUGUCACGGUUUUACGCGCGUCUUUCGGAACGCUGACAAAUCAGACUUUGACUAACGUAACUAACGUUUCCCUGUCAUGUCUAAACUUGUCACACUCGGAGAUAACCCACAUCGAAAAAGAUGUAUUUCUCGGUUUGAAAUUCUGCCAAGGAGCAAAAUUAGACCUGAGCGGGAAUAACCGUAUAUACUUGAGAGACCUAAAAAUGGCAUUCUGUGAUCUCGCUUCUUCCAAUGUGUCUGUAUUACAGUUGGAUAACAUGGAUUUCAAGACUUUCCCUUCUGGUCUUUUGGACUGUUUAUUAGGUUCAAAGAUAAGAAGUCUGAGUUUACGUAACAACAACUUUUUGACGUUUUCGGGUCAGGCUCUGUCACCGCUGGGAGAACUGACCACGUUGACUCUGACGUACAACUACAUUACCUAUUUACAGGACGUUGAAGGAUUCAGGAAUUUAACUAUUCUUGGGCUGCGUUGGAACAAUUUCAGGCAAAUCCCACGACUUUUCAAAGAGACCUCGCCUGAUGACAACGUCUACCCAAAACUUCAAAAGCUAAGACUCGGAUAUAAUCGAAUUCUGGAGAUAGCGAAAGAGGACUUUUCCGGUCUACGAAACCUUAAACAUUUAGAGUUGAAGUUUAACUACAUUAGAAGUCUCGCAAAUAAUUUCACUGCCGACACUAAAAACUUCUUCAAACUGUGUCCAAACCUGGAUGUGCUUUAUUUGACGGAUAAUAUUAUGGACAUCAACAACCCUGCUUUAGAGGAACUUUUUUCUCCGCUCUCUAAGCUCACACGACUGAUAAUAGAAAACAUGGGUAUCUAUAAACGUCUACUGGAACCUCUGUUUAGGGUUCUUCCUUCAUUGAGAGAAUUGAUUGCCUCUAGAAAUACUAUUAGUGAUUGGACGCCUGGUGUAUUCACAGAGGCCAAGAAACUGGAAAAACUUUACAUGGACUCUAAUAACAUUUCUACGAUUUCCGAAUAUUCAUUUCCUAAAUCUCUCUUGGAUAACCUCAAGAAAUUGAAUCUGGCCGGCAACCCUUUCGCUUGCACCUGCGAUUUAAUGUGGUUUAGGAAUUGGAUUCGAACCACCAAAGUCACUAUCGUGGCUCUGAACCACACAUGUUACAAAUGUUACUCCCCGAAAGAAUGGAAACAUAAGAACCUGCUGUCCUUCAAUCCUACAGUAGAAUCUUGUACUGUAAAGAAGUUAAACUUGCCCUUAAUUCUUGCCGCGUCCCUGGGUACGGCUGCCGUCGUAAUUGCGAUUACUGUGACUGUGUUUGUUCGUUACAGGAUGCACAUUAGCUACUGCUGUUUCCUUACGCGUUCCAAACUCAAAGGAGAUUAUGACGCCUUCGUCGUUUACAGUGCCACAGACCGGAACUGGGUGAUCCAGGAACUCUUAGCCAGAGUGGAAGAUGAGGAAGGAUUUAAGCUGUGUUUGUACGACAGGGACUUUAUACCUGGAACCGACAUUGUAGACAAUAUCAUGGUUAGCAUGGAGGCCAGCAGGAAAGUCAUUCUCGUCCUUUCGGAUAGCUUCGCUGCCAGCGAAUGGUGUGAAUGGGAGUUAAAAAUGGCCCAGCACAAGCUUCUCGAUGAAAGGAGAGAAAUUCUUAUCCUAGUGAAACUAGGAGACAUUCAGCACCGUAACAUGACGAACCGACUAAUGCUUCUGAUGCGAGACAAGAUAUACAUAGACUGGUCUGACUGUGAACUGAGCAGACAUAUGUUCUGGCAGAAGCUGAUCCGGGCACUUAGCAGACCGUCGGAACCCACCGCAGCCUGACGUCUGUCGGAACCCACCACAGCCUCACGUCGUGUAUUUACGCUAAAGACGGUGGUUUAUUCUCAGAAAGUAUGUGUUUUUUUGUGUAUGAAUGUGUAUGUGUAGCUCGCGAUGUAAACUUGAUGUGUAUUACAGGUAGAGAGUUUGGUACUCAUUUAAAGUUUGCAUACAUGAACACAUGUUGCACAAAAUACACAUACUGUGCCGUUGCAUAGUUGUUGCGGUUAAGGUGUACCUGAGAUAAACAACGUGUGUAUCUUUUCCUCACGAUUACUUGAAAGAUUAUAUUGUAAUAUCGUAAUUUAUGUGUUUUUUCUACAUUGUAUCGUAUUGUAGGACGUAAAACCCGACGCAUACAUACACACAUUGUAUUUUUUAUGCAAAACGAAUUUAUUUUCUGUCUUUCCCUGUGUACAGUCAUUACAUUGUGCUUUUACGUCAUACUUAGCAAUUUUUCAAUCAUAUGACGUCGAGGACUCAUUAAGUGUGUAUGUACAUGUAGUGUGUCUCCUGGUGGCACGACGUGCCCAUGCCGCCAAAGUGCUGCCACCACUGAAGUAUCAUGCUCCGUGGCCGAGGUGGUUAGCGUGCCAGCGUGGCGCAAUGACUCAGGAGCCUCUCACCAAUACGAUGGCUGUGAGUUCAAGUCCACCUCAUGCUGGCUUCCUCUCCGACCAUAUGUGGGAAGGUCUUUCAGCAACCUGCGGAUGGUUGUGAAUUCCCCUGAAGUUGGCCCGGUUUCCUCCCAUCAAAUUGCUGAAUGCCGUCGUAUACGUGGAAUCUUACUGAGUACAGCGUAAAACACCGAUCAAAUAUAUAAAUAACAGAGUCGGGUUGUACCUGAAGAUACUUGAAGUGUUCAAUCUAUUAAUUUCAUACUGCUGAGUUGCUUGUGAAAAACUGAACAUAUUGAACGC